AUGGCUUCUAAAUCAAAGUCAGUCUUGAUAUCAGUUGUUGUGCUGAGGCUCCUAACACUUGGAUUGUUAGCUGCUUCUAUUGUUUUAUUGUAUCUAGAUAAAUUCACUCUUAGUGGUGGUACCAAAAUUUCUUUCAAGGAUGUUAUUGCGUACAGAUAUGUUAUAGCAACGGGAAUUAUCGGCUUCCUUUACUCGCUUUGUCAAAUUCCAUUUGCAUUAUACCAUGCUUCCAAGGGAAAGAGGCUUAUCCGAAAUAGGUGUCUUCUAGAGUUUGAUUUUUUCGGUGAUAAGAUCAUUGCAUUCUUGUUAGCUACUGGUGUCGGAGCUGGAUUUGCAGUUACCUUCGAGUUGAAGAAACUAUUGAAAGAUUUUAUUAAAAGCGUUGAAGCGAUGUUCGGGGUGGGCGGGCUUGAUGAGACAGAUUUGAAGACAGACAAAUUCCUUUGA